UCAAGGAGCAGGGUAAAGCAAAAGGAUUGUUAGCGGUGACGUUUUUAAUUUACCACCGUUAAUUAUACAUUUAACAAACCUUUAGUAUCCUACAUUAUGUUCCUACCUGUGAAAGAAGUGUUUUAUUUUAGUUUGCAACUCAACGAAUAGCUGGUAAGACCUUUAUUUUGACUGUUGAAGUCCUUCACUGUGAAAGUUACCCACUGAGUGCCAGUGUGCUAAGAUGCCUGCGGAGUUAAAACAGAGGAAGAAGUCUCAGAAACAAAGCGACCCAGUUCCAGAAACUUCGGCUACUAAUGGGAAAGAUGAAACGCCGAAAGUGAAGACUGAAGCUGGAAACAACGCAGGAGCAAACAAAACCUCCUCCAGUUUAGAUGUUAGGAGUUUAAUGUGCUUGUUGUCGCUGGCAGCGUGCGGGGCUCUCAGCUGGAUGGUACUGCAACAGAAUGACAGGUUUUCUGCAAUUGAAGAAAAGUACAAAUCUUUGCAAGGAAAAACUUCGAGUCUGUUCGACAUGGAGGAGGAAGUCCUAAAGGUUUCUGAAAAGUGUGAGAGCGUCCAGCUGAUGCUGCAAGGUCUCGAGGGUCAGAGGGGGGCUCUGGGGCCCCAGCUGGAGGGUCUGCAGCAGGACGUGAGCCGGCUGCAGGAGUGGUCCUCGGGGCUGAACGAGAAACGGGCUCAGCUCCAGGGCAGCCUGUCGUCGCUGAGAGACGCUGUGGGACAGAUCGAGGAGCGCACCUCCGCCAUCGCCAAGGACUUUGUCAACAAGGUGGCGUCGGUGAAGACGGACGUGCGCAGGAUGGAGGGCCUGCGCUCGGAGCUGGAGUCUCUGCUGACUCAGGUGACGGCGCUGGAAGACAAAACCUCUCAGGUGGAGCACAGCAUGGUCAAACGCAUCGGGGACGUGCUGGCCAACAGCAUCGACCGGGUCCAAAAUCUCCGCGACGCGUCCGAACGCAACACUAAGGCCAUCGAGCAGCUCCGUAAGCAAGUCCCUGAACUCACCGCGGCUGAUACACGGAUCUCUGAGCACCUGAGGGAGCUGGAGAGCGGCAGAGCUCGGCUGAUAAGAACAGUGACCUUUGCUAGUGACCUCAAACCAAAAGUAGCUUCUAUCAAGAGAGACUUGGGGGCGUUUGAGCCUCAGCUGUCAGACCUGACUCUGCGGAUAGGAAGGCUGGCCGAGGAUCUGAUGAAGAGAGAGCAGGAGGUCGCUGAGCUGAGACAGACUCUGGCUAACCUCACUGCUGUAGAGGGAGAUUUAAGUGUUACUGCUAAACAGGUCAGUGAAAUAGCUGAUAUCUCUGAUAUAGGAGCGAUGCACCGGCCAACAUGAGCCAUACUUCAACAUCAUCAAGAUCAAAGAUUUCUCCUUUUGGUUUGUCCUCUGCAAUUACAUCUGGUCACCUGUACUACUGUUUGAGCAUUUACUGAAAUUUACAUUUUUAUUCAGCACAUUUCUAAAAAGUGCUUAACAUACAUUAAAAAAAGCCCAAACCAGCAAUAAUAUUCAAAACUAUUUAAAUAAAAGGUAUUAUAGGAAGUGAAUGCCUGAAAACAUCAACAAAUAAAGAUACAAUUGAGAGGAGGAGAAAAAACUUUCAAGCGUGUGUCGGUAAAUCAUUUAAAAUAUAGCAGUAAAGGUUAACAUAGGUCACUCAAUAAAACAAAGACCAUCAAAACAAACAUUAAAGGCUUUUAUAAACUUUAAAAAAUAAAAAGUAUUUAAAAGAUGAUACUGAUUUACAUAAUUUACUCAGGAAGAUUGUUUCAAAGUAUUCUUGCCUUAAUAGAUAAAGUGCAGCCAUGUUUUUUGUUUAGCCUGACCCAAAGAACAGAGCUGGUAACAAUAACCCAUUAGUACAUUUGAAUGACAACAGCAGCAUCGUGUCUGUUCUUGAGUUGUAAAAUGUGUUUGUAUUUUGCUUGUGGCUGAGCAAGUUUGUUUUCUUUGUUGGUUCCCUCCAGCCAUAUGUGGUUUAACGGUUGAGGUUAACUGGUUUGUUUUGUUUUCCCACAUUUUACACUGAUUACAUUUGAUUUUCUUUGGUUCAAUGGGUGUUCCUAUAGCGGUGGGUUUUUAGGAAACAAAUGUUUUGUUGAAAAUGUAAGUAUUUUGGCAUACAGUAAAUAAGGUAUUCUGUG